AUGGUAGAAUACACAAGCAAGGAAGAAAGCAUACCGAAAAGAAACCCCGAGUGGGUACAAACACCUCAACCAAGUAACAGUGAAGAUAAGCCGACUUGGAAACUACACGUAGACGAGUCAGCUACAAAUCAGCUAUCUGGUGCAGGAAUUGCCCUUGUCACGCCUGGGGAAUACAAGGCUAGGGGAGAAAAGAUGAUAGCGUAUGUGAGAAAAAUUUGUGAAUUUCUUUCACAAUUCAAAAGUUACGGUCUCAGACAACUUCCAAGGGAAGAAAACACAACUACAGAUACAUGUGUUACUCAAGAAGAAGCUGCACGACUCCUAUCUGAGGUGCACGACGGAUUCUGUGGAAAUCAUGCUGCUGGGCAGAGUUUAUCUAAGAAAAUUCUAAGGCAUGGUUAUUUUUGGCCAACAAUGAUUGAAGAUUCAAAGGCCUAUGUUAAGAAAUGUGACACAUGCUAG